AUGCUGGGGAGGAGCGCUUCGAAGGAGCGUGGCUGCGACCGGUGCGGAAAGACCUUCGGCCGCCGGGCGCACCUGAAAGCGCACGCGCGCCUGCACACCGGUGAGAGGCCCUACUGCCGCGCGGCGUGCGGGAAGAGCUUCCACAAGUCCGGGAGCCUGAGGUGCCUGAAGAGCUUCCGCCAGAGGGGGCAGCUCAGAGUGCACCGGCUGUACCGCGCCGGUGAGAGGCCCUUCUGCUGCCUGGAGUGCGACAAGAGCUUUGUGGAGCUGGGCAGCCUGAGGCGGCAUCAGCGGGUGCACAGGGAGAAGGUGCCCCGCUGCGGCGGGUGCCACGUCACCUUCAAGCGGCCGGAGCGGCUGGACCGGACUGGCACCGGCGUCUCCACGCGGCCCGGCCGCGACUCCUUCGCCUGCUCCCUCUGCAGAGAGAGCUUCCGCAGCCCCUACAAGCUGAGGGUGCACGUGCUCGCCCCCACACCGGGGAAGAGGCCCUACCUGCUGCUGCCCCGCGUGCCCCAAAGCCUUCCUCACCAAGUCUGA